CGAUGAUCAUUCUCCGAAAGAAAUUGCACUGAAAAGCUUGUGCCUCAUCUUCAUGUCUUCUAAUGUGUGUAGAAGAUGAUGAGAACUGAGUCAGUGAUUUGAUAUCACAACCAUUUCUAGUUCUAUCUUCAAACCUAACGAAUCCAGCGCCCUACUGAUGGUUUCCGCCGCAGCAAAGGCGAGGGCACGGCGUAAAAUCGUGCGUGCGCGGGGUGCGAACAAGCACGACGAAUCCGAGGAACGAGCCAAGAAAAACGAGGAAGGUCCGCCCAGACAUACAGAUGAGGACGCAUGCUCAACCGCAGCCGAGUCGUCCGUUGCCGGAUCUCCUCCGGAAACCCCAUUAAAGGACAAGAGCACCGCAAUUAGCUGUACCAAUGCUGCUCCUGCUCCUGCCACAACAACCGCAACCUCGGCUUCGCAACCAAUAGAAAAAUCAAAAGAAGAAGAAGAGAAAUCUGCGUCAGAAAAAGCAUCAAAAAGUAGCACAGAACCGCUGACAUCAGCCGCCACGAGCACAAAAGGUCAUCAAGGACGUCGAGACACGGUCUCGCCAUCAGGCACAGCUUCCCUCUCAUCUUCAGCGAUCUCAGGUACAACUUUGAAAGAAAAAACGAAUGCACCCGCCGUGAAGAGGACCCCGAAGGUAGAGAUACCAGCCCCGCCGCCGCCGGAGCAAGAAAACCCGACGAGCGCAGCUUCUACGAAGCCCACCGCGCCCGGCUUCUUCUCCCCAACGAGGAAGACUUCAACCUCACCAAAAAAGACCGCAACGAAAAAGGACUCGCCCGCUCGAGUAGGUACUGGAUUGCUAGAAUUUCAGUUACCCUCCUCUACGGAAAAGGAAAACCCAGGAAGUACAACGCGCACCGCGCUGCCGUUCGCAGGCGGGACCUUGUUGUAUCCCGGCCAAACAAAGGAACACGGGGACUCGCAGAAUAAACAUGGUUCAUCUGCGACGAAUCCCGAAAAUUCCACUGUAAAAGCGGAUGUUGAAGAUUCGAACGCCAAGCCCGAAGGAACUGACCAACAGAGUUGUAAACAAAAAUCGUUCUGGGAAAGAUGCAUUAACACCCUUACCGGAUGCAACACGAGCACUGCUGCCCCUGCUCGAGAACAGUCCUCGUUGAAAACUGCUUCUGCAACCUCGCCGACUCAGGUUGCACAGCGAUCAUUCGCAGGAUUUUCCUCCAACCAGGCCAGAACAAACACACCUACCGUGACUACAACCGGGCAAGGGCAAGACCAGAUCGAUUCCGAGGCUCUGAUGCGCACGCUGGCAAUCAUGGGGAACCGCGGAAGUGCGUCGUGCCUGGGCACAGACGAUGCCGGGGUCGUCGUGAAGCAACCUGGAUCUUCUGGGAGGAGAGGUGCAGGUCGACCGCCGUCGAGGAUGUUUCCCGGGGAAGAGUAUGACGACGAGUAUGGUUACCCCGGUCCGCCCUACGACUUCGAUUUCCCAGGUAAGGAAAGACAAUUAGGUUAUUUCUUGUGAAGUUCCUUGUGUUUAACUGUGAUUGGUGAUAGUGAUAGCCAUUUUGGGUCUUUCUCUUUCAAAGCAGUGCUUGUUUCCAUAUUCCAUUCCAGAUGAAUACGACGGGGAGUCCGACGAUUUUUUUGACGACCAAGAAGCCAUGUUUUACGAAGAUUUUCGGAACGAGCACUUCUACGACGACGACUUUGGUGGCGGCUUUGGGGAACAACCACAUUACGGCCAACCUCCAGACCCGGAGCGGGAAGCGGAGGCGCUGGAGAACCUGUUAAGACUGAUCGAACAGCAGCGGGUAAAGGCAGAGCAGGAGGAAAAUAACGUGGCUGCAGGCUCGGGAAAAUUAAACCUGAAGAAACCGAGCCUGGACGAAGAAGUGGGGUUUCAGUACACUGGUACUACGAAAACCGGGGCAAAUACAGCAAGUUAUGGCGCGGCAAGUAGAACGGGAGCCAAAAGCACGACAACCCCCGUCGAUCAGGCCGGCGGCAAUAAAGCUCCAUCCAAGGAAGCAAACAACUCGAAAGGCAGCAAGAAGCAGACGGACAACGACGCGAUGCUGCAGCAGCUGUUGGACACGCUUUCGAAGCAGCAGCAGCAAGAAUUUCUCGACAACGAAGAUAUGGACGACCACGACCUUGGGUAUGAUCAUGACUAUGAUCCCUAUAAUUACGGGCGUUUUGGAGGAAGAAACGAUGAUCCGUACUUUCUCGAUGAUCCGUACUUCCUGGACGAUUACGAUCCCUUCGAUAUGGAUGACUAUGACCCGAUGGCUGACGAUCGACCGCUGGACAUGGACUUGCUUCGAAGACACGCUUUUGACCUUUUGUGCGAAAGGGUUUUGCAACGUACUUCUUGAAGGAUUUUUUUGGUUUCAUCAUAGAAGAGUUGUUUUUUUUGCUGCGUUUUCAUCCUGCCUUGUUGUCCUGUUGAAAACUUCGCGCACGACACAUCACAGAUCAAACUGCGUCUUUCGAACCUCUUUUGCUGCUCCUGGAGGCUGAGACGAUUAUCCAAGGGUACCAUUUUAUGGAGAGAAAAAAGUUUGUCACAGUCAUUCCCUUGAAGGUUUUGCAUUACAAAUUUUUUUAGCAUCACAGCUAGCCCUUGUAUUGCAGAAACACUAGGAAAAUCCCUUAUGAAAUGUGGCUGUGAUGCGUUUUUACGCAUGACAGAAAAUUUUGUAUUGCGAAAAUGCGCUUGAGUGAUCGUGACGAACUUUUUUUCUUUGAUACAUUUUGAAGACACGUUGCUCCUGGUCCUCGCGUGCCGACACUGCUUAGAGGUUUGGGAGAAACCAGUGCUACCGUCAAAGGAGAAUUUGGUAUUUUUUGUCAACUUUUUCUUUUGGCGCGCGAAGCUGCAUGCUUGAGUAUCUACGUAUGCGCAGAGGACAUUGCGAUAGCAAUUCAUCUCCAAAUGAGGCGCAAAGAAACUUGAACUUCUCACUAAAAAACUUUUCAGGCCGCUCGAUGCACCGCAUUGCAGAUGAUUUGUGCUUACCAGCUGGGCGAUCGCGACCAGGCAGUGGAGCUAAGUAAAGAGGAACUGCCAAUGGAGCACCUGAGUCCAGCACUGAAAGAACGAUACGAAGGGACAAAAGAGGUGUUGGCCUUCAUGCCCCAGUUUCUGGAACUCUGCGACCAGAUGGCGAAAGAGGAGAAGGAAAAUCGGGCGUCCGGCGCGAAAGGCACAAAAGGAAUCGGACGAGGCGGAGGUCCUCUGAGUGGCGGGAACAAGAAGAAAACAGUCGGUAACAAAAAAGCCGGAGCGAAGAAAAACUCUAUCGAUACAACAGGAGCUGGUGACCAGAAGCAGGAUAGUACCGUUUCGGGGGGACCAAGCGCUGUAACGGGGGAAAGUACGGCUGCUACUGGUCGGAGUAAGGUGAAGAACACAGCACUGCUGAACAAAAAGAAGACAGCGGUCGGGGGAAAAAAGACAACCGGGAGCCGACGGGUGUGAGCUGAGAAGGCAUGAAUUUGAUGAAAGUUGUGUGUACACGAUUCUGGUUUUAUUUUUCCUCCAUAGGUGAGACCGGCCUAAAAAUAUAGAGACUUUCUUGAACAAAUCUGACGAUGAGACUACUACCUCAAUGAACCUCUACAACGUACCAGAAUCGUUCUUUGUUUAGUUUUGCUUUGGGCAAUUCCAAUUGACGUUGGAUAGUUUUGUAUGAAUUGAUGCAGCUUUUCUGCGUUCCUGGAAAAAAUGAACCAAUGUUGAAUCUGCAGUUGUUGAC